UGGGCGCAGCAGCCGACAUGGCCGCUGAAGAUGCAACAGGUGGAUCAGUGGAAUCCUGCAACAAGAGCUCAACCAUGCAAGAUAUUGUGGCUGAGGUGCAGAGCUUAGCGGAACAGAGUAACAUCAUAAAUAGAACCCCUCACCUUGAUUUAAACUGGUAUCUGAAGUUUUCUCCCGGUGAGCCAGAGAUCCGAUUGGUACGAACUGUUCAGCAAGUUCUGGCUUGUCGAUACCAACCAGCUCAGCUCAGUGUCAGAGCUAUGGCCGCACAGCUGGAGGAGGCAGAGGAAUACAGGCGCUUGGUGCAGGAACAGGUGGCUGUGAUGAAAAGCGCCGGCGCUACGGAGGCUUCUGGUGCAAAUGACUCAAAAAGCGCUGAAGGACAGUGGACCGCCGCGCUGCUGGAUGCUUCUGCUACAGUGCAGGUCAAAGUGGCGCAGCUGGAUCAAGUCAGGCAGUAUCACAGACUCCUGAAGAUGACUCGAGCUUUCCUGGAGGUUCUGGCUGCAGAGAAAGAAAAAGCCAACCUGAAUGCUUUGGGAAGCAGUGCCCUCCAAGCCAAACAGCUCGGCGCUCUGCUGCAAACCAUGGAGCAGAAGAAACACGUAAUGGAGGAGCUGCUUCUGCUCAGUAGCCAGCUGUCAGUCCACCUGAGUGACGCUGAAAGCUCGGGCGCUCUCCUGGCGCAGCUCGGAGACGUCCAGGAGGAAUGGAGGCUUCUGGAAGGAAGUAUCAAAAGAGCUCUGCGGCACGCCUCCAACUCCACCUGCCAGUCCUCGCUCCUUCUGAAAGAGUCCCAGCUGCUGAAAGCCAAACUUGAAGCUCUUCAGAUAUCCAACUGUGAAAACCUUGACAGCAAAAAUGUCUUAGAAAUCGUCUGUCUCACCACAGAUCUGAAACUGUACAACCAGCUUUAUCUGCAUUUACAGUCGCAGUCAGAUUCCCUCAUCAGUUUUUCUCUGGGUCAAAAAGAAAAAGAUGAGAUCAGACGCAGUCUGCAGGGUUUAGAGGCCUUCCUCAGCGUCACCAAGAACAAAGUGGACUCUCUCACAUUUGACUGUGGCGUCAAUCUUUCGACUAAACUCAACAAACAACUUCAAGACUUGAUCAUAUGGGCCAAACAAGCAGAGAACCACAUCUCUGUAGGGGAAAGGUUGGCGCUUUUCCCAGAGGAGGCUCGCAUCCAGAUUGCAGAAAUGAAGAAAUUUCAGACAGACGUUUUGUCGAGAAGGUCCAAAAUGCAAGCGCAGUUUGAGCAGCUAGCUUCUGAUAUGGAAAAAGAGGAACGUGACAAAGUGUUCAAAACGAUAGUAGACCUGUACGACGCCAUCGCCGGCGGCUUGGAUCAUAUUCUUGACACCAUGAAGAAAAAUCUGACCGAGAGAGAGAAACUGUUGUGUGAGCUCGCUGGCAUGGACGCCUGGCUCGCGGAAACCCAUGCUGAAAGAGAUCCCUGCAACCACGUGGAGAACGUCUCAAACGCCGACAUCAGGAAGCUGGAAAGUGAGCUGAAGAGUCACAGGAUCGCCACGGCGAAGCUGGAGAGCUCCCUCAAACUGGUGGAGUCGUUGUCAGAUGCCUGCGAGAAAACAUCCACGGGGUUGAGUCCGGGAGAGAGCCGCUAUCUCGUCAACAGAGUUUCGGGCCUUUGGACAGAGUUGGAUGGGUUGCUGGCUCAUGAGAAGGCGACCUGCUGGGAAUUAGAGGAGCUUCUUCACGAGCGGACCUCCUCCGAUCAGGAGCUGUCUUCCAUCCAGGCCAGCUUGAGGCAGAUUUCCGCUGAUCUGGAGCAGCAGACGUUCCCUCUGACAGAAGCGACCCAUUCGGUGAUCGCGCAUUUCAAACACAUGCUGAUGGAGCAUCAGUGUGAAGCGCAAGAACUGAAGCACUGCCAGCAGACCAAGAGAGACUCGCUGCUGUGCUCUAUUGGGGAGUUACAGGACAGGUGCAAAUCUCUCAGCGCAAACACCGUAGAACAGCAGAAGUAUCUCCACCUGAGGAGACAGAUGACUGAAUCGAGGGGUAUUGCAGAGAAACACGUCCAGCGUGCCAAAGACAAAGCGGUCAGUGUUGGAGAGAGGUUUAAAGUCUGCCAAGCACUCCUGGUUGAACUUCCUUUGAUCAAGACUCAAUGCCAGGAGGCGGCAGACCAACUGGAGGCCAUAGCGCCGGAGCUACAGCCGUCUGAUCUCCAGACAGAGAAGGAGAAGAUUCACAGCACCGUGGAGACUCUGGUCUCCUGGGAGCGAUCUGCCACCGAGGACGUCAGAAACCUGGAGACGGAGCUUCUGCUGGAUUUGAGAUUCAACUCUGAGCUUCCCGCCUUUAAAGGAUUCUUAGAAAACACCAGAGCUCAGCUGGAAGAAGCUAAACCAGUGAGUCCGAGUGAAAAAGCAGUAGAUAUUGCAUUACAGCAGUGUUGGGUCAUUUGGAGAAACCUGGAGUCAGGGAUGCGUGUGUUGGAAGGCCUGGGAUGUAAAGAAAACAUCGACAUGAAAGAACACAAACAACUAUAUGCUCUGAGAGAUGCAGUGACGCACGAGUGCCUCUCGCAGAUGGAUAGUUUAUCUCUGGCUAGAGAAUCCCUGAAGGAUUACCAAUGGGCUGCUCAGGGAGCUAUUGCCUUCCUUCAUAAUGCCGAGGCGACCUUCCUGUCAGCCCCCGGAGGCUUUUUGGAUUGUACCGAGGAGCAGCAGCAGACCCAGCAGGCCUUAGAGGCUCUUGAAGACGGCUUUCAAGCUCAUAUUCUCCACCUGAUGGAACGCGUGCCCCAGCAGCGCUGCCUCUCGGCCUCAGAAACCGAUCAGCUGCACAUCGACGUCCUCAGCCAGCUGCUGGUGGGAAGAGCUGUGCUGGAGGCCCAGGCUCAUCUCAGGCUGGAGUCUUUAAAAAGGUGUGAAAUGAGGGAACAAACCCACAGAAAAUGUCACGAGGAAGUGCGUCAACAUCUCUGUGGAAUUGAAGCCCGGCUUACAGACUGCGCCGGACAGCAGGUCACGUCGUAUGAAAAAUGCAUCGCUCAACAAAGACAAGCUCAGCUUCUGAUGGAAGAUGUCGACGGCCUUGCUGUGAAGAUAGAAGAGCUGAGGGCCGGAUGCCCGAUGCAGGGCUGCGGGGUGGGAAAAGACGGAGAGCUGGGCGCCCUUUGGAGGCGCAGGAUGUCUUUACGACGCGGCGUCGGCCUCUUGAUGGCGCACACGGAACAGAGAGGAGAGGAGUGGAAGGACAUCACAGCAAGCAUGGAGCAGUGUUGCAGCUUUCUGGCGAGUCUUCAAGCCGAUGUUCCCGACUCGUCUGCUGUGAGCUUCAGUCAGGAUGAACCGCAGGAACUCCUCGCUCAGGCCGAGAUGCACCAGGCGGGUCUGGAGCAGGAGCAGCAGGCCUUGGCCUCCCUGGAGCAUCGUCUGGAGCACGCCCUGAGCUUAUCCGCCUCCCAAGAGCCCGCCAGCCCCGGGCCUGUUGGGAAAACGCUGGUGAAGAUCCAGGAGAAUGUCAGGAGCUUGAAAGAGCGAAACCUGCUGGUUGUAGCUGCAGCACAGGCAGAAGAGAGGGAGAGACAGCAUGUCCAGGAAGAGAUAGGAAAGGUGGAGAAACACGUCCUCACUAUUCUUCACUCGCUGGAUGAAUGUUCAAGUCCGAGCAAAAGACAGGCGCUCCGUAGGGACUUGCUCUCCCAGAGGACCAAACUUAAAUCCAUCGCCGACGGCCUGCAGAGCCGAUACGCAGAAAUCCCUGCCGAUAUUGGACGGACCAUGCAAGACGUUCAUCUGUCACUGCAGCAAACCGAGGAGAAGCUGAUGGAGAGCAACAGCACAGCGAGGAAGCUGUCCAGCAGAGUGAAGGAGCUGGAUUCUGGCCUGGAGAAAGUCAAGGCAUUACUGGAGAAGGGAAGCCCGACACUAACAGAAGCUCAAAAUGUUCUCAAGUGUGUGUGGGAUGAGCUGGACUCGUGGCACAGCAGCCUGAUGCUUCUGGAGAGCGAGGUGCAGGAUCUCGCAGGGGAGCAACCGGAUCAAGCCCAGCUUCUCAUCGACCAGCUCACGCAGCCGCUGCAGCUCUACCAGAACGCAGCGCAGAUGGCCGAGCAGCGCACCGCCUUCCUCAACAGAAUCCCAGCCUGCCUUCAGGAGUAUGAAGACCUCCUGUUUCGCGCCUCCUGCUGGUUGGACGAGGCUCAGUCGUGGCUCGGCAGUCCCUGCUCAUUCACAACAGCCAGAAGCAUGCAGAACCAUGCCAAGUCUCUGCAGCUGGUCAUGGACGACUCAGAGAGGCUCAGGCGCAACCUGCAGGACUUUGGGUCGGUACUGGAGGAGAUCUCUUGUGUGUGUGACAUGAGAGCCCAGAAAAAACGACUGGACCACAAUGAACAGCAGGUCCAGAAAAUGCAGAGCAGCAUCCUGGAGCCGCUGGAGCAGCUCCUUCAUGCCGUUGGAAUGGUGGAAGCAAUGGAGGCUGAAAUAAAGCCUGUCGAGAAAAACAUCCCUAAAAUCAGAACGAUUUUAUCCUCCAUGGACAUUUCCUACAUCCCUCUGACCGAGCAUCUUCACAAUCGACAGGUGAUCCUGGCCAACGUGCAGUCCAUGCGGAAGACAUUGGAGGCAAUAGAAAGAUCCAAAUUGGAGUUUUUUAUGCCAAAAGGAGCAGAGCAGAGCUUGCUGGUCUUCUCCAGGUGCAGACAGCUCCUGCAGCCCCUGGAGGAGCUGGAACAACUGGCCCAGCAACAAGCCGCUCAGCUGGAGACCAAGAUCAGAGAAGAGGGAGAAACAAACCAGGAUCCUGGCAGGACGAGCGGCUCUAAUGCUGCGGGGGAAAUGCAGCAGCUGUGUGGAUCUCUGCACCGGCGCUUAGUGCAGCAGGAAGCUUUUGAGCGGUCUAAUUCAGAGGAAGAGGAGGAUGAGGAAGACGAGCGUCACUCGUCAUCCUCUGACACACUAACAUGCAGUAUCCCGGAGGACCUGGAGGAGACGUUCAACAGUGAGGAUAUGGCUGAAAUUAACACUGUGUCAGAUGUUCAGGAGUUGGAGCAUCCAGAAAGAACCAACCAGUUUUCUUCUUUAGUGGAAAAGAGCUCAAAAGUCACAGAGGCAAAGGUUUCACCUGUAAAGCCUGAAUUCAGUAUCAGCUUCGGGUCUGAAAGUGCAGAAAAAGAACUUAAAGCUGAUGCAGACAAAGCGUUUAUCCCCAGAGCGGAGCCACUGAACGGCUCGGCCGGUCCAGCCGUUCAGCAGCAGGUUAAAUCUGCGGAGGCGGACCGGCUCGAUUCACCGAAACAUGAAGCCUGUGACGCCGGCGCUCGGACAGAAAGCUUUGGGACCGCAGCCGUGGUUGAAGACACCAGGCUGAUUCCCUCCAGACCCGUAAAUCCAUUCAGUGCCGAAGCAGCGUCGGAGGAGGAGGAGGAGGAGGAAGACGUUUCUCCGUCCACGGCUCCGCAUCCAGAUGUUUGUUUGAGACAGCAGAGUGAGGUUUGCAGCGAUCCCAGCAGUCUGACGGACAAAUCCCAGCAACCUCUAGUGUUUUCUGAGGCGCCAUCCAGCUUUGCUUCACACAAGCAUGAUGAUGAGGAGUUCCAAAGAUGGAGUCAGCUUCAUUCCCAGAUCACAGAAAAACUGAACACUUUGAAAAAAGUGAGCACGGAGCACCAAACGGAAGAUGGAGGGGAUGGUGUAAAGGCUGCAGAGAAGAGUUCACCUGAAACGUCCUCCUCAGUGCUGCAGCAGACGGACGAAUCCAUCAGCAGGCUCAGAGAGAUAGUGAAGCAGGCAGACGGUUCUCAUGCUGGCGUGAAGGCUGAGCUGUAUGAAGCUGUGCGCAGCGUUCUGCUCAGUCUGGACUCUCUGACCAACUUCGCUUUGACUCCCGCCGAUGAAGACAAACCUCAGAUGAGGCGGCUUCAGCAGGAGUGCGUUUCAGCUGAUCUGGCCACUCUGGCAGAGCUCAUGAGUAAAGUGGAGUCGAAGACGAGGUCCGCACUUUCAGAAGAAGACACAGACGCUCGCAGCUGUUUCGCCGGCCUGCAGGACUGUCUUCAUACUGUCCAGCUUGUUCUCACUUCAUCUCGCGAUCAGCUCAGUCAACAACCAGAGGUCAAUAACGAACAGAAGGAGCUCUCACCCGAUCAGAUGUGUCUCCUAGAAGAGCUGGAACUGGGGCAGAACGAGGUCUUUCCAGGUCUCAAGGACGUUCUUAGUUUGGAGUGUGUGCUGGGCAGACAUCUGAGGCAGAGUCCAGGGGAAAAAGCCCAGCUGCAACACGCCUCUCGGUCCUUGCUUCAGGGGAUCGCUCGCCUCCUGGCGCUGGGCGAAGAAUGCAUCAGAGAGCGGCAGACCAGCCCGGUUCACAGCUGCAGUAAACUUCAAGUCGUCCUCUGCAGAGAUAAGAAACUCCUCCAGGUCCUCAGAUCCCAGCUGGCUUUUGUCCGGCAUCUUUUCCAACACGAGCCAGAAGCGCUGGGGCGUCAGGAGGAUCAGCGGGUACAGCUGGAAGUCGGGGCUGAAGCGCUGCUGCAGCAGGCUCUGGAACACGACGUGGCUUCUCAAAGGACGCUCCAGGAGUGGACCCGCUGGGAGGACAGUCGUGGUCAGCUGGGUCGGGUGCUGGAUGAGUCUGAAGCCUUCAUCAGCAGCGGGGAACCGGAGGGAGACGAUGAUGAGGAGUCGGUGCAGCGCAGGCUAGAUGCCUGCCAGCAAACGCUGGCGCAGCUGGAUGAGAGCAGGGCGACUUUAGGACUCCUGCUGGAUCAGGGGAAGCUGCUGCAGGCCCAGCCGGGCUUUUCCGGCCCGGUCGGUCAGACAGGAGGCGCUCUGGAGCUGCGGUGGAGGAGUGCCCACAAGAGGACGCAGCAAGAAAUCCAGCGCUGCAGAGACAUCCAGGAGAGCCGAGCCAGAUUCCAGACUGACUUCAGCUCAGUCAGCGAAUGGCUUCCUGCUGCCGUCCAGCGGCUGGAGACUCUGUCCGGGCGGACAGGAAGCUCUCAGCCAAGCCUGGAGUGUGUGAGAAGACGUUUGAUCCAGCUGCUGGACUUCUCCACGGACGUAGAGGCCAUGUCGGCGCUGAGGGCGUCCGCCUUGAAGAACGCCACCCAGCUCCUCCACCUGAGGGAGGCCGACUGCCCCGAACUGAGGGCUCGGCUCAGCCAGCAGGAGACCAGCUGGAACCAGCUCGCCUCGGACCUGCUGAAGACACAGGAGCAGCUGCAGCAGCAUCUUCUGGCAGAGCAGCUUCCAGCAGAGCUGCUCUCUGAUUUGGAGGAAUGGCUGAAAGAAGCCCAAACUCGCCUGAACCAGGAGAAAGAAAGCGUCCUCAAGGCCGAGAACGCGGCUCAGAUCAACGAAAUCCUGCAGCACUACCAGGCGUUAAAGGCGGCGAUCGCAAAUGGGCAGCUCCUCCUGGACUUCCUGAGCCAGCCCGGGCCUCAGAUGAUGGGAAAAGACGUCCAGGACCGCCGCUCUGAGCGCACAGCGUUCGCAGAGAAACUCGGCACCUGCAGACUGCAUUGGCUGAACCUGCAGGGGGAGCUGCAGAGCCAGAUACGGGAAACUGAAGAAAUGCAUGAAAUCUGUGUGAAAAGAGAGAGACGCUUGCCUCGUCUUCAUGGUUGGUUAAAGCAGCAGAGGAAGCAGCUGGACGAGCUGAAACAACCCACCAGUCAAACUCUGGCUCAUAAGAGUCUGCAGGAGUGGGAGGACGUGGAGGGCAGAGUCGGCGAGGUGGCUGCAGCUCUGCUGGAGCUGAAAGGCAGACGAGCACAAGCUGAAAAGAACAAGGAGCAUCCGUGUGACGUGGCCUUUUCUGAGCAGGCCGAGGCUGUUUGCCAAGAUUGUGAAGAUCUGAGUCGACAGAUGGCAGCUCUCAGACCGGCUCUGCAGCAAACGUUGGAGGAUUGGCACGACUUCCAUGAAAAACUGAGGGAUGUUGCUCUGGACACCACUAGGGGGCGCUGUGCCCUGCAGCAUCAGCGAGCACCUCUUCUCUCACUGAAGCAGGCUGAGGAAUAUUCAGUCUUCCUCCAGCAACUCCAGGAGAAGAUUAAAAGGAGAGAGGAAGCCUGGCGGGCCGUGGAGGAAUCCUCCCAGUGUGUUGGGAAGCGUCUCCAUCACACAGCAGCACAGCGGCUCAGGGAUCAAGUGGAAGAAGAGCAAUCACAAUGGAAGGACCUGAUGCAGGAGCUGAAAGAUGAACACAUGAACGCCGAGAAGAUGCUCCCCCUCUGGCAGCAGUAUGUCGGCCUCUCUGAAAGCUGCUCCGUACAGCUGCAGCAGCUGUGGCAUCAGUGGGAGGAGCUGCCGCGCUCUUCACCCACACCCGAACAGGAGCUUUCCUCAGUCAAGAAGUUGCAGGAUGCUGCAGAAGAGUUGCAGAGCAGCAUGGGAGAUGUGCUGGAGGCGUCCAAGCAUCUGAUUGGACGGCUGGAACCGCCGGCUGUGAAUCUGGUCGUAUCAGAAACCAGACUGCUGUCACGAGACGUCUUGCUCCUGAACAAGGCGAUGUCCGGGAGGCUGAAACGCCUUCAGGAAGAUUCAGAGCAACAUGAGAUAUUUCUCACUCAAUUGGAAGUCCUUGAAAAGGAGACUCAGAGCCUCCAGCAGACACUGGAAGUGGGCGUGCAUGACGCUCACUCCGUUGAGCAGGUUUUCUCGGAGCUCAGCAGCCUGUUUCCGUCACUGGUCGACAUACGAGAGACGAGCACCUGCACGACCCUUAAUGAGGGGGAAACGGACAGGCUGCGCACGCUGAGCAGGGAGUGGAUCAGAGGCGUGGCGCGCACGUGUGAUGUGAUCAGGGAGCUUCAAGCCGAACAUCAACAUUCCCAGAGCUUUCAGGAGAAGAGUGAAAACUUGAAAUCCAUUCAGGAGAAGCUGGAGGGAGAAUCAGAGUGUGACAAAUCUACAAGUUAUUCAGGCCUCCAGGAGAGGAUGGCCACGCAUCAGAGGCUUCAGGCUGAAGUCGUUGUCGGACAUCAGCUUCUGCAGGGCCUUCAGCGUGACGCAGUCCAGUCCCUGGAAAAGGAAGCGGGAGAGGAAAGAUUUGAACUCCUGGAGCAAGUGGCUCGUAUGAAGGAGAGCUGGCGCGACUGUUUGGCUUCGACUGAGCGGAACUGGGUGUCGAUAAAGGAACAGCUGCAUCAGUGGAAGCUCUACCGUCAGGGAUCGAAACGGCUCCAGAAGCUGCUCACGGAGAUGGACUCAGUGCUGCCUCCUACUGGAAUCUCUGUAUUCACGCUGCAUCAACUGUUGGGUUCCCUGAACGAUUACCAGCAUGUGAACGAGUCCCUGGAUCUGCUCUAUCCUGUGUACGCUCAAACACUGGAGGCCGGUAAACACUUGUGUGAAACCCUGACAGAGUCGGACUGUCAGAGUGGACUGCAGUCAGAGCUCCAGGCCAUGACGGAGGCCUGGGAGCGAGCCUCCCUGCUGAGAAGAAGAAGAGACCACGUUAACGCAACUGUUCAGAUGUGGACUUCAUGUCAGGAUGGAAUCGACAACACUGUGUCUGAACUGAAGGAGCUGGAGCUGAAGAAACCAGACGACUCUCAGGAUGAGGCAUAUAUCCAGGAGACGGAGCUGUCCCUGCAGCGUCUGUCCGGCGGAUUGAGGGAGCUGGCCACCAUGAAGACGGACCUGUCACAGUACGUCGCGGCCAGUGACUCGGCUCUGCUGGAGCAGCAGCUGGAGCAGCUCCACGGCCAGUGGGAAGAACUCUGCAUGAAGGUUUCGUUGCGCCGGCAAGAAAUCGCAGACCGGCUGAACGCCUGGACCAUCUUCAACGACAAGAACAAAGAGUUUUGCGAUUGGCUGACUCAGAUGGAGAACAAGGUUUGCCACAGCGGAGAUCUGAGCAUUGAGGAAAUGGUGGAGAAACUGAAAAAGGACUGCAUGGAGGAAAUCAACCUGUUCAGCGAGAACAAGAGCCACCUGAAGCACCUGGGCGAGCAGCUGCUGCUGGCCAGCGACGAGGCGAAGCAGACGCAGGUCCGCGGCUCCUUGCACGAGGUCAACCAGCACUGGCACAGCCUCUUCUGCCACAUCGAAGCCAGGGUGAAGAAGCUGAAGGAGACCCUGGUGACGGUGCAGCAGCUGGAUAAGAACAUGAGCAACCUCCGCUCGUGGCUCUCUCGCAUCGAGGCUGAGCUCUCCAGGCCCGUCACCUACAGCGUCUGCCACGAGCAGGAGAUCCAGAAGAGGCUGGCCGAGCAGCUGGAGCUGCAGAGGGACAUCGAGCAGCACACGGAGGGCGUCGCGUCGGUGCUCAACCUGUGCGACGUCCUGCUGCGGGACGAAGACGCUGCCGGCGGCGGCAGCGAGGUGGAGAGCGACUCCCUGCAGGAGACCAGCCGCAGCCUGGACCAGCGCUGGAGGACCAUCUGUGCCAUGGCGCUGGACCGGAGGCUCAGGAUCGAGGAAACAUGGACACUGUGGUGCAAAUUCCUCAAUGACUACUCCCGCUUCGAGGAUUGGCUCAAGAUGGCCGAGCGAACCGCUGCCAACCCCAACUCUGCAGACGUCCUUUUCACUGUCGCCAAAGAGGAGCUCAAGAAGUUCGAGGGUUUCCAGAGGCAGGUUCAUGAGCGGCUGACCCAGCUGGAGCUGGUGAACAAUCAGUACCGCCGUCUGGCCCGGGAGAACCGGACCGACCGGGCCAGCCAGCUCCGAGCCAUGGUCCACGAGGGCAACAGGAGGUGGGACGCCCUGCACCGCAGGGUGGCCGCCAUCCUCCGCAGGCUCAAGCAUUUCACCGGCCAGAGGGAGGAGUUCGAGGGGCUCAGGGAGAGCAUGCUGGUGUGGCUGACCGAGCUCGACCUGCAGCUCACCAACGUGGAGCACUUCUCCGAGAGCGACGUCCAUCAGAAGAUCCAGCAGCUCAACAGUUUCCAGAAGGAGAUCACCCUGAACACCGAGCGCAUUGACGGACUGAUCGUGUUUGGAGAGGGUCUGAUCCAGAAGAGCUCGCCGCAGGACGCGGCGCUGAUAGAGGACGAGCUGGAGGAGCUGCACUCCUACUGCCAGGAGGUUUUCAGCAGGCUGGUCCGCUUCCACCAGCGCCUCAGUCAACCCACAACAAUUAAAGAAGAGCCGGAGCUCUCAGGUACCAGCUUCUCCCUGGAGUCAAGCUUGGAGCUGAUUGGCCGGCCGCUGCUGGGGCGGAGCUUAGGGAGCCUCCCGGCCACGCCCACCCACCUGCUGGCCUCCCCCCUGGAGCGUUCGGGACGGGAGACGCCGAUGAGCGUGGAGUCCCUGCCUCUGGAGUGGGAUCACACCGGGGACGUCGGAGGGUCGUCGUCACACGAGGACGACGAGGAGGAGGAGGAAGAGCACGAAGAGGAAGGGGCUUAUUUCAGUGCUCUGUCAGAGGUAACUGCGAGGCAGGAGGAGUUUGUCGAAGCGUCGGACGCCCCGCAGGCCUCCUCCUCCUCCUCACUGGUCCCAAGCAGGUCGAUGGCCGUGCACGAGCCCCCAAGAUGGCGCCCGUCUGGAGAGACUGGCGGCGACCCCGACGCUUCACCCACUCUCACCAGCACCCCUCUGAAGCCGGGCUACCUGCGCCUCAUGUCGCAGUGCAGCGGCAGCAUCGAGAACAUCAAGAGACUCUCACUGAUGCUGGACGACGAGGAGCCGCCGGAGGAGUUCGGGUUGACGGGCCUGACUGCGUCGGACAAACAGUCAGGUGUGAUCGAACGCUGGGAGCUGCUCCAGGCUCAGUCCAGGCGCGUCCAGCCGGACAGCCCUCAGGAGCCUCCACAGCUCCAGGCUCAGCUCCACGACGUCACUUCCUGGUUGGAGAGCGUGACGCCGGAGCUGGACCGCCUGCAGCGGUCCGAGCCGGCAGCCAGCAUCCAGGACAUGGAGGCCCGAGCCAAAGAGCUGAAGGAGAUGCAGAAAAUGUUUGCACGCUACAAAUCCAUCAUGCUGUCAGUCAACCUGCGGGCCGAAGAGGCUCCAGAGCUGCAGGAGAGGCUGACGGGCGUGAACAGAGGCUGGAGCAGGGCGUGCACUCGCCUCCAGCAGUGGGACACCGGCCUGAGGAAGACGCUGCUGCGCUGCCAGGAGUUUCAUGAAACGCUCCACUCUCUGCUGCUGUGGUUGGCUCACGCAGAGAGCCGGCGCUACGCCGUGGACAUCAGCCACCCGGACACGAGCGCUAGAGCUCUGCAGCAACACAGGAACACGCUCACUGAGCUGCAGGACGAGCUGCGGAGCCGGCAGACCCAGCAGGCCUCCCUGCAGGCGCUGUGGUCUCAGCUCCAGCCGGCGGACGGGGCGGAGGAGAGCGACGAGGCCCAGGAGAAGCUCCACGUGACGGGAAACAAGCUGAAGCUCCUCCUGAGGCAGGUGGACCAGGACCUCAGCAGCCUGCAGCAGCGCCUGGAUUCGGCGUCGGCCGUCCAAAACGCCCCCGCAGAUCCUUCUCAGGAGGCUGAACUCUCACAGACGACAUCUUCCCCUCAGAGGGAAAGGCGAGAGUCCUCGCCGCCUCGCUCCUUCUUCUACCGGGUGCUGCGCGCCGCCUUCCCCCUCCACCUCUUCCUGCUGCUCCUGCUGCUGCUCCCCUGUCUGAUCCCCAUGUCGGAGGGCGACGCCAGCUGCACCGUCACCAACAACUUCGCCCGCUCCUUCUACCCCAUGCUACACUACACCAACGGGCCGCCGCCCACCUGAACGCUCCGUCCGUCAGCCACAACGUACAGAACACACAGAUAGACACGGGACGCCUUCUUCUUCUUCUCUUGCACUAAAACGUUUUGACAAAUAUCACAGAUUUUAUCUUCCAAAGUCCGUAAAUUGUAUGAAAGCGUCUGUUUCUCAAGAGUUGAUCCCACAGCUAAGUUCAUACAAUCUCUCAUUUAAAAAACACAUUAUUUUAACCAAUAAUUUGAAAAGAUGAAUUGUAAUAGUUUUUUAUAGAACUUCCGCAGUGUCUUCAGAUGAGGGACGAAUGAGUUUAAUUUACCACUAACAGCGUCAAGUAAAAUAGUUUUAUCAGACAGUGUUUUAUGUCAGAGAACGAACUAAUAUAUUCCAGCGAAGUGCAGUGGAUUCCAAGAGGAGUGUUGAGUUAUCAUGAAACUCACUGUUUUUGUUUUUACUGCUACGUUAUCGAGUUCCUACUAACAAAGUCACUGCUUUGCUUCUAAUUUCUUGUUUCGAAUUCGUAGGAUGACAGUCACUGAGCUCAGUACUCUUUAGAUUUGCAUAUUCAUACAGGUGCGUGUUAAAAAAAUUAGAAUAUCAUUCAAAUGCUUUCUCAGUUAUUUCCACACUCAUAUUAAAGCCUGAUUAUGCGCCAUAUUUAGCGUUUUCCAAUAUUUUACUCAUGAGAUAUAAUUAAAAAUCAGGCCUAAAUUGGUUCACGAAAUGUAGAAUAAACAAAAAUCUAAAUAAUAUAAAUACAAGUUUCACCUUUUGAACUGGAUUACAGGAAUAAUUAAGUUUUCAUUUGUUUUUUUGAGAUGCACCUGUAUUUAUUUUAUAUGAACAUUUCAUUUUGACUGAUCUCACUGUUUUUACAACAAAAGAAUGACACUGGAUGAAUUUGAAUGUACUCUGUAAAAGGCCAACAGAAGAAAAAAGUCAUUUUUAUACUUAUAUAUAUUCAUAUUUUUGUAGAAAUGAGUAGAUUGUGAGCAGAAAUUUCCAAAUCUCCUGGUGCACUGUUGAAACAUUAGAUCUAGCUGGAUGUUUAUGUACAGAUUGUUUUAAUAUAAUGCUUUAUUUAUAACUUCAGUGGGUGGAUUUAUGGUCAAGAGUUUUUGGUAGUAAAUAAUAAUUGUCUCUGCUUCACUGCGCACGACUUUUUUAUGUUUUUGUUCCCUGGCAAGCAGCCUUUUGAAACAUUAAUACCAGAACAUACUGAAGUAAAUGCAGCUCAGAUUUCCAACCUGAGUUUGAAUAAUUGCAACUGUAUUCCUAAAGUCAGACUUCAGUCUGUGGUGGAAUUAAAAGCAGAAAUUUGGAUUAAGCUCAUUUGUGGAGUUUGCAUAUUCUCCAUUUCCUUUCUCUUUGUACUUCAUGGUGAAAAACCUUAUCUGAGUCAGUCAGGAUCAACUCCAGCACGCCAUGGGUGACAUCUAAAAACCCACAAAAUCCUAACUGUAAAAAAAAUCAUAUUUUACCUUAAUUUUUACUCAAAAUCUGAUAAAUGACUGAAGAACAGCCACGAGUACUGGGAUUUCCACAACACAGACUAUUCUAAGCCCGGGUUGUUUUCCAGCUAAUAGUGAAACAACAAAUGAUGAAACU